AUGCCAUCCGUUGAAGAUAUAGACAUUAAGUAUAACGUUCGGCCAUUUGUAGACGCUCCACCUUCUAAUUCCAAUGUCGACACGUUGAAGUUGCAAGCAGUUGAUAUUUCUCUAUUCAAAGAAGGAGACGAAUAUUUGGAUCAAAGAAAGCAAUUGGCCAAAACUUUGGAGGAAUCAAUCACCACAUAUGGUUUCUUCAAUUUGGUGAACUAUGGUAUUUCUCCCAAGGAGACUGAAUACAUAAGAGCAAUUGCCUAUAGCGUGACUACUUUACCAGAUGAAGUCAAAGAAAAGUAUUUGGCCAGUGCUUCCAAGAAAGAAUUGGAAACUACCAAAACCAUUGGGGGAGAGAGAGGUCAGGGAUUCAAGCCAAAAGGAUAUUGGGCCAUUAAGAACAAUGUGAGGGAUUCAAUCGUUCACUAUAACUUCAGGGACUCUUGCUUUGAUUCGUUUUUGGAUCAAUACAACGAACAUCCCGAGCUUGUGGCAUACCACUUGAAGGAGAUUGCUCACUACUACAACACCAUACACAGAGAAGUGUUACCCAAGUUAUUGACCCUUUGUGAUAUCAUUUUGCAAGUUCCAGAAGGAACCAUUUUGAAAAACUACUUUCAAAAUUCUGGAACCAACCAAGAUGAUUCGGGCAGCCAUGGAAGGUUCAUGUUGUAUCAGCCUUAUAGCAAAGAGGAAGAAAGCUCUGUCACUGAAAAUACCUGGUUGAGAGGACAUAGUGACAUUAGCGCGUUCUCUUUUAUCACUUCGCAGCCAAUGCUCUCUUUGCAAAUCAAAGACUAUUUUACCGGAGACUGGAGAUACGUGCAACACAGACCCGAUUCGUUGAUUGUGAACAUUGGAGAUGCAAUGGAGUUCAUCAGUGGAGGUCUUUUCAAGGCUUGUUUGCACAGAGUGGUUGAACCACCAGCAGACCAGAAACAAUUUGAAAGAUUGGCCAUUAUAUACUUUUGCAACCCAAGCUCCAAGGCCGAUUUGGAUCCAGAAAAUAUUCAUUCACCCAAGUUGGCGUCUUUGGGGUUGGAUAAGGACCACAAAUUAAAGCACUGGGAGAAAAUUCAGUUCCAUCACUGGAAUUAUACAAAGGGCCAUUUGUUAGGUAGACUGGCAGCUGGAGAGAGAAACUUGGUGCAGUUUUUCGGAAGGACUAUUGAGAGAUGGCACCAUUUCCAGGGAGGUAUCACGAAUGUGUAG